UGCAGUUUGAGACAAUUCACACAAUCAGAUCUCAGUUCUUCAGCUACAAACAUCGCCUCGAACAAUCCGCUAUCAUGGACGCACCCAAGUCUUACUAUCUUUACAAUCCUUCCGAGCCAUUGGCAGGAGUUGUCGCCGGCCUUUAUGGAGUGAGCUUUUGUAUCACGCUCUGGCAAAUCAUUCGGAAGAAAGCUUGGAUAUGGCUAUUUAUGUUGCUUGCUAUUGCGAUGGAGGUCAUUGGUUACGCAGCUCGAGCCGUAUCCGCUACCAAGCCGACGGAAAAGGGACCUUACGUGCUUCAAUUCACACUUGUGAUUUUGCCCCCAGUCUUGAUGGCCGGUGUCAUCUAUGUUAUCUUCGCUAGGAUCGUCUUCUGGGUUGUUCCCCCAGAGUCGAGAACCCUUCGAUUUCUCUGGGUCCCUGCUCGCUUCAUCACUCUUCUCUUUGUUGGCUUCGAUAUCAUCUCGCUCUUCCUCCAACUUGUCGCUGCAGUUCUCAUCGCCGGCACCGACCCCACCGAUCCUGAUGCGAAGAGCAAGCUCAAUCUUGGCAAAACGCUUGGUCUUGUCGGUGUGAGCACUCAAAUUGCUGGCUUUGGUCUUUUCACUGUCUCCGCCAUCCGUUUCCACUUCGCUGCGAGACGACUUAGCCCCGACUUUGCCAAGGACAAUCAGGAGAAGCAUGGUAUUGUGAAGAAGUGGCAGACCCUACUCAUUGUGGUCAAUGUCUCAUGCCUCCUCAUUCUUGUCCGUUCAAUCUAUCGUGAAAUUGACUUCGCUGGUGGCAAGGAUGGCACUACUCACCAGAAGGAGUGGUAUUUAUAUGUCUUUGACACUCUUCCCAUCUUGCUCGUUGUCUUCCUCUACAAUGUCUUCUUUCCGGGCAGCUAUCUCAAGCACCUUGGUUUCAAAGUGCCCAAAGAACAUCAGGGCGCAGCCUUGGACGCGGGGGCUGCCGACAAGCAAGUCUCAACGACUGCCGAGUCUGUAUGAUGUACAUAAUCCGUACCACCGGUAGUUCAGGUACCCAGCCGCUCCUGGUUGGUAUGAAGAGGUUUAUGCUUAUUUUUCAUGGGAUGUCUUCUUAGAGUUUGCUGUUUUAUCACGAUAUACUUCGAGUUUUAGCAAAGAAUUUAUGUUUAUAUAUGCAAACAGAAUCUCAGUUACAUGCUUUUCGAUCAUGAAGUGGGUAGCGGGAUCCAUAAUGCUCAUUGUACCUUCCACGCUUCACAGUCUGCCUUGAUU